UCCAUGGCCCCACACACCUUGCUUUCUCUCUCUUAUCUCUCUCUCUCUCUCUAGCUUCUAUAAACUUCCUUCCAUCUCCCUUAAUUUCCUUCUGGAUCAAGUGGGUGUUCCCUAAAUUUAACUGAAAUUUCACAUUUCAAUCGAAUGCUCCUCCUCCUGCUGCUGCUGCGGCCAUUUUCAAGCGGUUGCGGUUGUAGGAGAGCUUAACGAGGGGUUUGGGAUUUUCCCUUUUCUUCCUUCUUCUUUAACACCCAUGGCUCCCAGCAAGUUGAAUUCCUCUGGAGAAGGAAACUUUUCAAGUCCAAUGGCGGAUAAUGGUUUUCUUAAUGCAACUUCUCUGUUAAAUUCUGAGAAGGCUGUCCAGGAACUUCUUCAACGGUCUCCAUUGAUGGAGACUGAUGAUCACCUUAUUGAGUUUUCAGAGGCCUUGAGAACUGUUGCAAAAGCACUAAGAAAGGCAGCUGAGGGAAAGGCUGCUGCACAGGCUGAGGCUGCUGAAUGGAAGCGCAAAUUUGAACUUGAGAGGACAAGAAAUCUUCAACUUGAGUAUAAAGGGCCGUCACCCGCAGAACGCAAUGGAUAUGAUAGUAAAAGGUCAAGGAAUCUACCCCCACAAGCCCCAGAACAAUCAGAAUGCUGUUGUGGAUCAAAUGGAAUAUGUUCUCAUGAAGUUCUUCAAGAUGGGGGCAUUGAUUCUGUUUCUCAGAAGCUGUCCAAAAAAUAUACUAGAAAGGCAUCAUUUAAACUUUCAUGGUGCUGCAACGGCGAGCAUAGUGAUCGACACAAGCAUGAUGUUGUCUCCUUUGAAAAAGGAAACAUAACAACUGCAGAGCGUAGUAGUAGACAGAUUUCUUUGAAGUGGGAAUCUCAACCUCAGACUGUGCUUAUAUUGACCAAACCCAACUCAAUGUCGGUUCGAAUUAUUUGUUUAGAGAUGGUCAGAUGGUUGAGAGAACAUAAAGGUCUUCACAUCUACGUGGAACCACGUGUCAAAAACGAGCUUCUGACAGAGUCAGACUACUACAAUUUUGUCCAGACAUGGAAAAGCGACGAGGAAAUUAUGCUUCUCCACACAAAAGUUGAUCUUGUGGUUACUCUUGGUGGAGAUGGAACAGUGCUUUGGGCAGCAUCAAUGUUUAAAGGACCAGUUCCUCCACUUGUUGCAUUUUCUUUAGGAUCUCUGGGUUUUAUGACUCCUUUUCACAGUGAGCAUUACAAAGAAUGCUUGGAUUCAGUGCUAAAGGGUCCAAUUAGUAUUACAUUGCGACACCGACUGCAGUGCCAUGUUAUUCGAGAUGCAGCAAGAAACGAAUAUGAAACUGAAGAACCUAUACUCGUGCUGAAUGAGGUUACAAUUGAUCGGGGAAUAUCAUCAUACCUUACGAAUUUGGAAUGUUAUUGUGACCGUUCCUUUGUAACUUGUGUCCAAGGGGAUGGACUGAUUCUAUCAACUACUUCUGGCAGCACAGCAUACUCAUUGGCUGCUGGGGGAUCAAUGGUCCAUCCUCAGGUUCCUGGCAUUUUAUUUACUCCGAUAUGCCCGCAUUCCUUGUCUUUCCGACCCUUGAUAUUUCCAGAGUAUGUUACAAUACGUAUACAAGUGCCUUUCAAUAGCAGGGGGCAUGCAUGGGCAUCUUUCGAUGGGAAGGACAGGAAGCAAUUGGCAGCCGGAGAUGCACUUGUAUGCAGCAUGGCGCCUUGGCCAGUGCCUACAGCGUGCCAGGUAGACUCGACAAACGACUUCUUGCGUAGCAUUCAUGAUGGCCUUCACUGGAAUCUAAGAAAGACGCAGUCUUUUGAUGGACCUCGAGAUACAUGACCGGAUCAUAGAGCUCCUUUAUAUUACAACUUGUUGACAGGAAGCAGUUGAUCUGGUUGGUAUUUAUAUUCUGCAACAUAUCUUAGUUCUGCCUCAGAAAUGAAUAGAUGUAGUGGGGGGGAAAAUGAGAGAGAAAAUCACUGAAUAACAGUAAUUUUCUUUCAUGUUAUUUAUGGUUUAAGCUGAAGGCUCGAGCUGAUGAGAGCUCAUAUCUUAAUAAGUUGUGUGGUAGAAUCAGUGGUGACAAAUUUUUGAAGAGUAAGCAAUAGAUCAUUGUAAUCUUACUAUGUUCUCCAUCAGUUCUCGGUAUGUAUGAUUAGUAAAGGUAUGUCUAAAAGGGCCUGGCCUAGAUGGAUCAAAGUAACAUGUAACAGUAGUGUGUCAUAAAUCAUAAUUUCUCUCGAGAGGUUUUAGUUUCAUUCUCAAAGAUGAAACUAAUGUAGCUAAUGAAGUCUCUUGUAAUUUUUCUUCUCA